GUAAUAUACUAGCCUUACUAGGACAUGCAUAUAAUUAGCCAACGCGCGUUAAUUAUCACUAAAUCAGUCAGUGUGUGACUAUAUAUACCCCACAUACUACGUAACAAUAUAAAGCACGACAAUUGGUGACAAGAAAAUACAAAGCACGACAAUCACAAUGGACCAGUCCAGUAUUCGUAGCCUAAAUCCUAAUUCGUCAUCCACCACUUCCUCGUCAUCUUCUUCUUUCCACAGCCACAAGGGCAGAAUAAAGGGCAACAAAAAUCAGUUCGUGUCCACGUUAUCGACGGAUCCACAGAGCGUGGCUGCCCGUGAGCGACGCCACCGAAUCAGCGACCGUUUGAAGAUUCUACAGAGCAUGGUUCCUGGUGGUGCGAAGAUGGACACCGUCUCUAUGCUCAACGAAGCCAUUAGCUACGUCAAGUUCUUGAAAGCUCAGAUCUGGUUUCACCACAAUAUGCUUCUUUUCUUCAACGACUACGAAACUACGACGCCUUGUUCUUAUUCUCCUGCCGGCGUCAGUGAAUUUGAACCAAGACUAUUUGACGAUGAUGACGACUAUACGUAUACCCCUGUAGUGGACACAUAUUCACAAGGGAUGCCACUACUUACGGUUGCCGACCCGGGUAAUCCGAUGUGGUAUAGUUCGGUUAACGAUGAGCAAAAAGAAACCAUGCAUCGACGUGGUUUGGCUUAGUCAUCGCCCAUAUGCAGUGAUAUGUUCUUACGCGUAGAAAAUCUAUUAGAUGUCCUAGGUUUUUAUUGUCCAAAUCUUUAAAAACUUUGUUUAA